CAUAAGAAAUUUCUCCCCAAACUUAAACCACCCCUCUAGAAAUAAAAAUCAGAUCUUACUUUUUUGAUUAUACUUAUCGAUGUUUUAGAUCAAUUUUUCUGAAAUUAAGAUUGAUUCCUCCCAUGGAAGCUUCUCUUUCAUAGCUUCUACUGAUCUCUUCCCAAAAAGACUUCACCUUUCGUUUUCACUCUUAUCUCUAAAUCUUAAAACUUUAUCGAGCUUGUACAAAAAAAAACAAGCUUGAAUCUUUCGUGAUCACCAAGAUUCAGAGGGGAUCUGAGGGAUUCUUUUGUUCUGUCUGGGCCAUACCCUUUUGUCGGAAUCUCUCCCAAAUCUUAUAUGUCCGAAUGGAGGAGAGAGAAGGAACCAACAACGUCACCAGCUUCGGUCUGAACCAACAACAACAACAACAUGAAGCUGCUGCUUCUUCUGCUGCUUACCCGAUGGACCCACCACGACCCGAUAACCCGAACCCGUUUUCCGCCCCACCCAUCACUUCUUCUUCCUCCGCCGCCGCGGCUGUGGAGAAUGCGGCUCCUCAGUUCAGCUUAACAAUGCCGGCGGCGGAGACUGGCUCCUCCGAGCAGAAAAAGAAGAGGGGAAGGCCGAGAAAGUAUAACCCCGACGGGACUCUCGCAGUGACUCUGUCUCCGAUGCCAAUCUCCUCCUCUGUUCCUUUGUCGUCGGAGUUUCCUCCUAGAAAGCGAGGAAGAGGACGUGGCAGGACUAGUCGAUGGCUCAAGAAGUCCCAGAUGUUCCAGUUCGACAGAAGUCCUGUUGUUACCAAUUUUGCAGGUGCAGGAGUUGCUACCGCUGCAGAUUUUGCCGGAGCGAACUUUACACCUUAUGUGCUCACAGUAAACGCUGGAGAGGAUGUGACGAUGAAGAUAAUGACAUUCUCUCAACAAGGUUCUCGUGCUAUAUGCAUCCUCUCAGCUAACGGUCCCAUCUCCAAUGUUACGCUGCGUCAAUCUACUACAUCCGGUGGUACUCUAACUUAUGAGGGUCGUUUUGAGAUUCUCUCUUUAACGGGUUCGUUUAUGCAAAACGACUCCGGAGGAACUCGAAGUAGAGCUGGUGGUAUGAGUGUUUGUCUCGCAGGACCAGACGGUCGUGUCUUUGGUGGAGGACUCGCUGGUCUCUUUCUUGCUGCUGGUCCUGUCCAGGUGAUGGUUGGGACAUUUAUAGCGGGUCAGGAGCAGUCACAGCUGCAGCUAGCAAAAGAAAGACGGCAAAGAUUCGGCUCUCAACCAUCUUCCAUCUCCUUUAACAUCACAGCAGAAGAAAGGAAGGCGAGAUUCGAGAGGCUCAACAACUCCGUUGCCAUAGCUGCACCAACUCCUUCGUAUCAGCAUGAGAACACAGGGAACGCGGUUCACAGUUACUACACAAACUCGGUUAACCACGUCAAGGAGCCUUUCUCUUCCAUGCCAGGAGAUGGAGGACAUGAGGAGGGAGAGGAUGGAGAAGAUGACAUAGAGUUAGAAGGUGAUGAGGACGGAGAGUUUGGAGGUGAUAGCCAAUCUGACAACGAGAUUCCGAGCUGAUGAUGAUGAAUCUUUGCUGUUUCUUUUUGAGAGAUUUGUUAGGGGUGAUGGAUGGAUGGGUUUUCAAGUUGAUGUUGAUUUUUUUUUUUUUUUUUGUUAACAGAGAAUGUUUAGAAGCUGCUAUCAUUAGGCUCUCUCUAUCCUCCUCUUGUGCUUGUUGUAGUAUCCAUGUUAGAAAACAAACUUAUGAUUUCAUAAACGCUCUCCUUCAAAACAGUUCUUACUUU